AUGAACUUGGAAUCCAAGGGCAUACUCCUAGCAAAUCUUCUAAAAGACUGUGCAGCGUAUACUGAAUCAGGCAACAUCAAUGGUGCAGAUAUUGCACUGUACCAUCUCUCUCGCCUUGCUUCCCCUAAUGGUGAUCCACUGCAACGAGUUGCCACUUAUUUCACCGAGGCACUAGCAUAUUGCCAAGUGGCCAAAAAUUUGCGUGGUGUACCAAAAGUUCUGCGUUUGGUAAAAACAAUAUCAACUCUUGAACAAGAAUUUGUGAGGCAACAAUUCUUUAAUUUGUAUCCCUUCUUAAAGAUUGCAUACCUGAUCACAAAUCAAGCCAUCAUUGAAGCCAUGCAAGGGGAAAUAGCCAUUAAUGUCCUUGAUCUCAGUCCAUCUUCUGAUGCUUUUCAAUGGAUUAGGCUCAUGCAGGGUUUGAAAGAGCAUUCACCAAACACCCCAUGUAUGAAAAUUACUAUCACAGCCAUACAUGAGAAGAAGGAGGUGUUAGAGCAAAUGGAGUUGCUUCUUGGAGCUGAAGCUAAAAGGUUGGAUUUUUAUUUCCAAUUCAAUCCUGUUGUUAGCAAUUUGGAGAGCCUUGACCCUGAGAAAUUGCCUAUCAAGAGAGGAGAGCCUCUUGCAAUUAGUUGUGUGCUUCAGCUUCACUCUCUUUUGGCUACAGCUGAUGAUGACAUGGUUAAGAUGAGGGGUCAGAUGAUUUUUGCUGAGAUGCUUUCCAAACAGAAUAAGAAGAAGAAGAUGAAUCCAAGUCCAAACUCAGCACUUUCACCUUUUUCUCCAUGUCCAUCUCAUAAGAUGGAGUGUUUUCUCAAUGGCCUGUGGAAGCUCCAACCUAGAGUGUUGGUGAUCACUGAGCAAGAAUCAAAUGUCAAUGGGCCUAGUUUGACAGAGAGGGUGUACAAAGCUUUGGACUUUUAUGGUACACUGUUUGAUUGCUUGGAAGCUUCCACUUCUAGAACAUUAGUAGAGAGAAGCCUAAUGGAGAAGAUGUUGCUUGGGGAGGAGAUAAAGAACAUUGUUGCAUGUGAAGGGGUUGAGAGAAAGGAGAGGCAUGAGAAACUUGUGACAUGGAUCCCAAGGCUUGAAUUGGCAGGAUUUGGGAGGGUACCUAUAAGCCCUUAUGGGAUUUGGCUAGCAUCAAAGUUGUUGCAAAGCUAUGUACCAAGAUACCACAUACAUCAGAAGCACAAAUGCUUGUUUAUUUGUUGGGACAAAAUUCCUCUCUUCUCAGUUUCAGCCUGGAAGUUUUAG